AUGAAUGUCCUGCAAGCCAACAUGCACAGAAGUAAAACGGCUGACGCGCUACUGACACAGAUGAUCACUGAGCGGCAUUAUGACCUUGUAAUCAUAAGCGAACAGUAUAAGAAAAAAGAAAACGGGAUCUGGAUAGAAGACAGCAGUGGCACCGCUGCUAUAUGGGCUCCCCCCGGAAGCAGCAUACACAUCUCUGAAAAAGGACAUGGAAGCGGCUUCGCCUGGGCCAGAUACAACCAUAUAAAUAUAAUAAGCUGCUACCUGACACCAAACGAUAGCAUACAAGACUUCCAAGAUAAACUCGACGAUAUCGAAGAUACGGCCAUGAACUUGGAAGGACCCUUUCUGAUGGCAGGAGACCUAAACUCAAGAGCCACGGAGUGGUGGAUGCCAAUCACGGACUCCAGAGGCAAACGCGUGCUAGAAAUGUCAGCCCGACUCGGAUUUAUAGUGCUAAAUACUGGCGCAGCAACAACCUUCCGAAGACCAGGAUGCGAGGAAACCACGCCAGACAUCACACUAGCAUCAGAAGGCAUAGCAGGCACCAUAAAGGAAUGGAAAGUAUUGGAAGAUUACACUGGUAGCGAUCACCAAUACAUCUCUUUUAUAAUAGACUCCAAAAACGAUGGUUUACGAAAGAAAAUGCAAUGUAGCACUCGCAAAUGGAAUGUCUCGAAAUUAAAUAGUGAAGCACUACUAUCUGAAAUAAAUGCGCAUGGCUCAGAAGAAUCCUCUCACAAUAACGCAAUGCAAAUAGUAGAGACUACAAUGAAAAUGAUCUCCAGAGCCUGUACCAAAGCGAUGCCGACAAUUGAAAGCAAUCGACACAAAACACCUGCAUAUUGGUGGACGGAAAACAUAGCCCAACUAAGACGAACGUGCCUCCACCUGAGGCGUACUUACACCAGGGCCAGGCGUAGAAGCGCUGCAAUCGAAGAGGCACAACUAUACCAAGCUGCUAGAAAAGAACUCAAACGAGCAAUCGAGGCCAGCAAGAACAGAAAGUGGAAAGAACUGCGUGAGGAUAUAAACAGAAAUCCCUGGGGUCUCGGAUACAAGGUUGUAAUGAAAACCUUGGGGCCAUGGCAAAACCACCAGAGCUUAGCGCUCAAAAAAUGGACUACAUAG